GCAUGGACAGAGAAACGUGUGGCCAUCACUUGACCUGCUCCACCAGCUCCCCCUCCAGCGCGGACGCACCCCUGCGCUUCCCAGACAGCAACGGCCUCCUGCAGACGCCGCGCUGGGACGAGCCGCAAAGGGCGUGUGCCCUGGAGCAGAUCUGUGGCGUGUUCCGUGUGGACCUGGGGCAGAUGCGCUCCCUCCGCCUUUUCUUCAGCGACGAGGCCUGCAGCAGCGGCCAGCUGGUUGUGGCCAGCCGGGAGAGCCAGUACAAGGUUUUCCACUUCCACCGCGGCGGCCUGGACAAGCUGUCAGAUGUGUUUCAGCAGUGGAAAUACUGUGCCGGGACGCACCUCCAAGACCAGCAGGCCACCAACGAAAAGACAUGCAUGCAGUUCUCCAUCCGACGACCCAAACUGCCCUCGUCCGAGACGCACCCCGAGGAGAGCGUGUACAGAAGGCUGGACGUCUCCGCCUGGCUGCGCCACCUGAACGAGCUGGGCCAGGUGGAGGAGGAGUACAAGCUGCGCAAGGCCAUUUUCUUCGGCGGCAUUGAUGUGUCAAUCCGGGGGGAGGUCUGGCCCUUCCUGCUGCAUUAUUACAGCCACGAGUCAACAUCGGAGGAAAGGGAGGCGCUUCGGGUGCAGAAGCGGAAGGAAUAUGCAGAGAUCCAGCAGAAAAGGCUCUCCAUGACUCCUGAAGAGCACAGAGUGUUCUGGCGCAACGUGCAGUUCACCGUGGACAAGGAUGUGGUUCGGACAGAUCGGAGCCACCGGUUCUUCCGAGGCGAAGGCAAUCCCAACGUGGAGAGCAUGAGGAGGAUCCUGCUGAACUACGCCAUGUACAACCCGGCCAUCGGCUACUCCCAGGGCAUGUCAGACCUGGUGGCACCCAUCCUGGCCGAGGUCCUGGACGAAUCAGACACCUUCUGGUGCUUUGUGGGUUUGAUGCAGAACACGAUCUUUGUCAGCUCUCCUCGGGACGAGGACAUGGAGAAACAGCUGCUGUACCUGCGGGAGCUGCUGCGGCUGAUGCACCUGCGCUUCUACCAGCACCUGGUCUCACUGGGCGAGGACGGCCUGCAGAUGCUCUUCUGCCACCGCUGGCUCCUGCUGUGCUUCAAGCGGGAGUUCCCCGAGGCUGAGGCGCUGCGCAUCUGGGAGGCCUGCUGGGCCCACUACCAGACAGAUUACUUCCACCUGUUCAUCUGCGUGGCCAUCGUGGCCAUCUACGGGGAUGAUGUUGUUGAGCAGCAGCUAGCCACUGACCAGAUGCUCCUGCACUUUGGAAACCUGGCCAUGCACAUGAAUGGGGAGCUCGUUCUGAGGAAGGCGAGGAGUUUGCUGUAUCAGUUUCGCCUCUUGCCCCGGAUCCCCUGCAGCCUGCACGACUUGUGUAAGCUGUGUGGGACCGGCAUGUGGGACAGCGGUUACAUACCUGCUGUGGAGUGCACGGGCCACCACCUGGGGUCGGACAGCUGUCCCUAUGGGGGCAUGGUGGAGACGCCAUCACCCAAGCCCGCCAGAGAAGGCAAGAAGGGCCCAAAGACGCUGCGGGAAGGCUUUGGUGUCCGCAGAUAGGUUGGGCUCCCUGUGCUGGACGAGGGUUGAGGGGACCUCGCUGGAGGUCCCGAGCAUGUG